UCGCACUCACACAGUUCCUACAUAACUAACCUGAACACUUAAAUGUAUCUUAGCUUGCAAGCCUUAUUUAAAUAUGUUUUGCCUUGUUCAAUUUUUUUGCUUUGCUAUUUCAGAAAAGGUAAAAAACUUCUGCUAGCUUUGUGCUGUAGCAAGCUAGUGUCUCUAUUAUCCAAGUGUAGUAACAUUGGAAUCAUCGCUUGCCACUGUCUCCAUUGUCCAAGCUACAUUAGAAUCAUCAACACUUCAACUCCAGAUGGUAGGUUUUUGGAGCUAUCUAGCACUAGAAUACAUAUUGACAAGGUCUGCUGUCCUCAUGAUGAUAUAAGAAACCACCACCAGUGGUCCUGUUGGACACCAAUCUGGGAGAAUUCUUUUUGGAGGGUCUCAUGGAACCAUCGGCACCAUCUCCAUCUGUAUUUCACAACGAUGCAGCAGGACUUAGCCCAUAUUCUCUCCUCCCCUUCCUCCAGUGCUAAAAACAGCACAAUCAACAAUGGAAACUCAGAGGGGACUGAGAGUUUGUUGCAUGGUUCUAGUGGCGAUCCAAUCAGUGUCAGCUUGGGCUUUGACAUGGGUGCUGAUGUGGUGGGGUUACUCCAGAUGCAGCAGGCCUUAGCCCAUAUUCUCUCCCCCCCUUCCUCCAGCACUAAAAACAGCUCAAUCAACAAGGGGAACUCAGAGGGGACUGAGGGUUUGUUGCAUGGUUCUAGUGGUGAUCCAACCAGGGUUAGCUUGGGCUUCGACAAGGGUGCUGAUGUGGCUGGGGCAUUUUUGAAGGGCAUGGAAGAGGGUAGGAAGUUCUUACCAAGUGACAACAAGGGUGCUGAUGUGGUGGGGGCAUUCUUUAAGGGCAUGCAAGAGGGUAGGCAGUUCUUACCCAGGGGCAACAAUUUGUUAAAGGAUGAUCACAUGUUACAAAAUUCCAGGGAAUCCAGUGACCAAAGAGGGUUUAAGAAGAGUUGUAACAGGUGUGAGCAUCUAGAGGAGGUUGGGAGGUGUAACAAGUGUGAGCAUCUGGAGGAGGUAGGCAGGAUCAGCAAAGGUAUGAUGAUGAUGGAGGCGCCAGAAGAGAUUGGCAUGCAGAUGUUUGAUGAUAUGUCGUUGUGUGGAUAUGAGACAUUCAUCAGGGACAUGGAGAUAUUGCGCAUCGGCAUGAACAAUAAAGUAGUGAAGAACAACAGAAAGGGCUGUAGCAAGGUAGCAAGGGAUGUGGUGGACCUACACACUUUGUUGAUCCAUUGUGCACAAGCGGUGGACACCAGCAAUCUCAAGAUUGCAGUUGAGCUACUGAAGCAGAUCAAACAGCACGCAUCAGCAACAGGGGAUGCCACCCAGCGGUUAGCUCUAUGUUUCUCCAAGGGGCUAGAGGUCCGUCUAGUGGGCACAGGAAGCCAGGUUUCAAAGUUGCUCAUGGCAGAGCGACCAUCAGCUGUGGAGUUCCGCAAGGCCUACAGCCUUUACAUAGCAGCCUGCUCCUUCAACAAGGUGGCACACAUUUUUUCCACAAGGAGCAUCAUGCAGACCAUGGUGGGGAAGAACAGGCUGCACAUUGUGGACUAUGAUGAUGUGAAUUAUGAGUUCCAGUGGGCAGACUUGAUCCGGUUGCUGGCAAACAGAAAUAGGGAAGGCGACCCACCUGAGAUGAAGAUCACUGCCAUUAGCGGUUCCCAGCCUAGGUCAUGUCCAAGUCAAUGGAUCGAGGAGCAGGAGCACCGGCUCAACAUGUGUGCUAGUGAGUUUGGCAUCCCAUUCACAUUUCGAGUCAUGACAAUGAAGCGGGAGGAAGUUUCCAUAGAGAACUUGAAUAUAGACGAAGAUGAGGUGCUCGUCGUGAAUGACAUCUUUAAUUUCAGCAGCUUGGUGGGCGAGACCGCAUUCUUUGGUGACUUGAGUCCUAGGGAUACUGUCCUCAAUAACAUCAGGAAGAUGAAGCCCAAUAUUUUCAUCCAGAGCGUUUUGAAUUGCUCACAUGGUACCUCCUUCUUGUCACGGUUCCGAGAGGCACUGUUUUGUUACUCAACAAUGUUUGACAUGUUAGACGCAAUUGUCCCACGGGACAGUGAACAACGAUUGGUGCUGGAGCAGGGCAUGCUUGGGCGUUGGGCACUGAAUGCCAUUGCCUGUGACGGUGUGGACCUCAUUGACCGCCCUGAGAAGUAUAGACGGUGGGAGGUGAGGAAUCGACGGGCCGGUCUGAGGCAGCUGCCGCUCGAACCAGACAUUGUUAAGGAACUAAAGGACAUGGUCAAGAAGCACCACCACAAGAACUUUUUGCUCAGCGAAGAUGAUCAGUGGCUAUUGCAAGGAUGGAAAGGUCGCAUCCUCUUUGCCCAUUCAACAUGGGUAGCAGACGAAGCAUCUUCUGAAUGAAGCUUUAGUUUCUUGCUGCUGAAUGAUAACACGGUCUUCAGAUGCUCUCUGAGAACCAUUUAUUCAUGUACACUGUUGGUAGUUUAGUCAUUCAGUGCUGGUGCAGCGACUCCUGAAAAGCAGUUUAUGUUGUUAUUAUGUCAUUGAUGUACCUGGUAUUCAGGACGUACGUUACACUAGAUAACUGCCAGUGCCAAUGUUCAGAUCAGAUUAUCAGAAUGUUGCACUUUGGUCUUGAACUCUAUAGAACAAACAUCUUCGACACUGUUUUCUUGCAGUAGCAGAAUACAACUGCUGCUGUAGGAAUAACUUCUUGAAUCAGUCCAAUUAAUUACUGUGUGCA